AUUUCGUGUGAGUGUAUCAAGUAAUUCAGAAGUAAGCAAACUCAGGUCUAAUAAUAUAUAUUAUGAGAUAAUUGAUAUACAGUUUCUUGUCAAGAUUGAGAUUUGUGGAGAAGAGAUAACAAUAAAGCCCCAUCAGAAUGCUACUACUAUCCAUCUGGUUCUCCAUUUUCCUCAUUUCUGGUGUCGUUGGUGAUGAUUCAUGCGUGACUGGUCCUACGAGUUGCGAAGACACCCCGUAUAGAUCUCUAGAUGGUUCCUGCAACAAUCUGGACAAUCCCUCCUGGGGGUUGCCGUACACAAGAUAUGGAAGGAUUUUGCCAGCUAAAUAUGGUGACGGUAUCAGCACUUUACCAGUAGCAAAAAGUGGAAAACCUCUGCCUGGAGCCAGAGAAAUAUCGACAUCAUUGUUUCCAGAGGUGAAUAUAACAGACAGAUUCUUGACAUUAAACACGAUGCAGUUCGGUCAAUUCAUCAGUCAUGAUUUGAGCUUGACAGUCCUAGGUGGCAGUCAGAGCAUAUGUUGUUCCCCUGAAGGACAAAUGUUGAAUGCCUCCACAAUGCCCCAAGGCUGUGCUCCAAUAUCUGUGUCAGAUGAUGAUCCUGAUUAUUCACAGGCGAAAAUACAUUGCCUAGCAUUGCUCAGAACAACGACAGACUUAGACAGGGGCUGCAAAAUCUCUGAGACGAAACCAGCUGAACAGUUGACGCAAGUGACCUCUUACUUAGACUUGUCACUCAUUUAUGGCAAUGACGAGAAGGUCAAUAGUCAGAUCAGAAAAUUCCAAGGUGGACUUCUCUCGACAGAAAUGAGGGAUGGACAGUUUUGGCCCACAAACUCGAAGAAUAAACAAAAAGAUUGUCCGUUCGCAGUCAAAAAUGAUGUCUGCUACUAUGCAACUGAUGAUAGGUUCAAUCAAAAUCCACAACUCCUAGCACUGGAAGUACUUUUCUACAGAGAACAUAACAGAAUAGCUUCGAGACUAUCGGAAGUAAAUCCACAUUGGAAUGACGAGAGAUUAUUUCAAGAAGCCAGAAAGAUAAACAUAGGUUCAUACCAGAACAUCAUGUAUUACGAAUGGCUUCCAGAAUUGUUUGGAAGAAAAGUACUCAUUUCAGAGCAGAUUAUUCAUGAUACUCAUGGUUAUAUUGAUGAUUAUCAGGACAAUGUGAAUCCAGCUGUGUUGAAUGAAUUCUCUAAUGCAGCUUAUAGGCAUUUCCAUACUGCUGUGGCAGGAUCUUUGGACUUGAUGAAAGAAGACAGGAGUACCGAAAACAGUCUCAGAUUGAGCGAUUGGUAUCACAGAUCGGAGAGUUUGGAAGUGAAUGAAAACCUUUUCGACGAUCUAGUACGUGGUUUGAAUACCCAACACCAGAUGGAAUUCGACAGGUAUCAUGACAAAGAGAUUUCCUUGUAUUUGUUCAGAGGAAAACAGUCUAUAGGAAGAGAUAUCCUUGCUAUCGAUAUCCAGAGAAGCAGAGAUCACGGACUGGCUUCCUAUAACGAUAUGCGGCAAUAUUGUGGAUACAAAAAAGCCAUCACUUUCAGAGACUUCAGCCACACGAUGUCACAUCAACAUAUUCGUAUGCUGGAAGAUCUCUACGAACAACCAGAUGAUGUAGACCUAUAUGUAGGUGGCUCUUUGGAGUCCCGUUUGCCACAUUCUCUGGUUGGUCCAACGUUCAGAUGUAUCCUACUGGAAGAGUUUUACCUCGCUCGAACCACUGACAGGUACUGGUUCGAGAGGAGCAGUGAAUUUACCAAACCGCAACUGGCCGAGAUAAGGAAAGCUAGCAUGUCGAGGAUCGUGUGUGAUAACAGCAAGGAUAUCAGGAGUAUGCAGGAGAAUGCAUUCGUUGCUCCAGGAUCGAAGAAAACUCUCAUACCAUGUUCUGAACUUCCAGCAGUUGAUUUGGAAAUGUGGAAAGAGAAUUGAUCUGAAAAUGCUACAUCCUCAUCAGAUGAUCGUUUGGGGAAAUUGUGGAAAUCUCAUAUGUAAGCGUAUUUUCUACUCAAUGAAUAAACCAUAUGGAAUAUCUC